AUGGAUACUACGGACAUUAUUACGCUGCUUGAGCAGCUGGAUGACAACGUCGAUGACCUGGAAGAGAUCCUUAACCCAAUCCUAGACAGCACCGUGGUUGAAACAUCCAAGAAGCUACCAGUCUUGGACAAAGCCAAAUUUCACGUUCUUGUGACUUAUACUCUUGAGUCUCUUCUAUUCUCGUAUCUCCGUCUACAUGGGGUUAAUGCCAAAGAGCACCCUGUCUUUCGAGAAUUAACAAGAGUGAAGCAAUACUUCGAGAAAAUUAAGGCGCUAGAAACUGAACCAGAACAACGAACUAUGACACUUGACAAACAGGCUGCUAGCCGCUUUAUCAAGCACGGUCUUGCCGGAAAUGAAAAGUUUGACCUGGAGCGGAAAGAGCAAAUUGCUAAGGAAAAGGCACGCGCACAAUUGAAGGCAUCAUUGCUGGCAAAGAACGCAAGCGCUACUCCGGAAACCUCCUCUAAGAACCAUACAAGUGAUUCCGACUCCGAUUCGGGGUCUGAUUCCAACCAGCCUGGCGACGAAGAGGAAACGAAAGCAUCACAACCGCAGCAGACGUCGACUAAAUCCCAGAAGGGCAAGAAGGGGAAAGAUGCAAAACAUCCAAACCGCCGUACCAAAGAGGGACGUAAAGAGCAGAAAAAAGAUAGAAAAAAAAAAAAGGUGGAAGCGAGGAAGGCGAGAAAGACCACUUGA